AUGGGCUACUUGCCCAAAGGGGUGCAGUCCUUUGAGGCGGACUCGCUCACAGGCGGCGGCAGCAGCGGCAGCCGCGGCAGCAGCGGCAACGUCGGCAGCGGCGACAGCAGCGGCAGCGGCGGCAGCCACGGCAGCAGCGGCAGCGGCGGUGUAGGCGGCAGCGGCGGCAGGAGCGGCAUCAGGUGCAGCGGCAGGAGCAGCGGCAAAUGCAGCGGCAGCAGCAGCGGCAGCAACGGCAGCAGCGGCGGUGGCAAGAGCAGCAGUAGCAGCAGCAGCUCGUUCAACAUCCCCACUGGCUGCACAUCUGGCAGCCUGGGUGUGUCGUACGACAAGCUGUUCCGCAUGACCUUCAACUCCCCUCAGGUGCCUAUCCUGGCUGUGAUCAGCAAGGACCCCGUGGGGUCCAUGGUCAGCUACUUUGGCACAGGUUCCACACAGGGCCGCGUCAAGCACCGCCUGGCAACCAAGGCCGAGUUUUGCUACUCGCCCACGCUGAGUGAGAUCGGGGUGACCAAGAGCGCCAUCUACUCCACUGGCAUGCAGCCUGGCACCACCAGCUGGACCUUCUCCAAGAGCGUCGACCUGGCGCCGCCAUACAGUGGCGGCCGCGCGGUGAUGUUCAACGGCGACAGCGUGGACGCUACCUGGACGCUGGCCGCGCAGAAGAGUGGCACCGACGUCAACUACCAGGGCGUGGUCAGCGGCACCAUCUCCAUCAACAACCCCACCCCAGCACUCAUCACCGUCACAUCCAUAGUGGACCAGGUCUCUGGCGGCCCGGCGGCCACAGUGGCCUGCCCCGUUGGCACGCCCUUCACGGUACCUGCCUGCAGCUUUGCCACCUGCCAAUACACCGCCUACUACCCCACCCAGCCGCCACCUGGCACCUACACGAGUGCGGCCCAGGUGGCAUUCAAUGUGCUCGGGUCUCAGGGCUACCCCACUACUUCCCAGGGGUCUGCUGUGUUCAACGUCGGCAGCGUGGGCUCGAUGUCCGCCCUGGCAACCAGCGCGGGCACGGUGCCAGCCGGCAGCGCCAUGGUCACCGACAGCAUGAGCCCCCAAAAGAGCUACAUGUUCAGCGGCCCCGGCCAGCAGUCAUUCCAGACCACCCUCACCUGCUCAAGCGCGUCGCCCAGCGGCGCAGUCACCAACACGGCCACGCUCACUGCUGCCAAUGGACAGCAAAUCUCCCAGAGUGCAACUGUGCAGAAGCAGUGCUACGACCUGCAGGUGUCUGUCGCUACCAAGGCCUCGCCCUACGUCGGCCGCUGGGGCUGGGAGGUUCGCAAGAGUGCAGCGCCCACGGCGCUCACGCUCAGGCCCGACCAAUCAUCCUCUGACCAGCCGUCCCUCUUUGGCCGCGACUAUGCGGCCACCACCACGGGCGACGUCGUCUACAGCGUCACCUACACGCGCAACCCGCCCGCCGGCUUUGCUGCGGGCGUGCCUGCGUUUGAGGCGGCCGGCGAGGUGUAUGUGAACAACCCGGCUCCCAUCAACGCGCGCAUCCAGGGCGUCUACGUCAGCAUCUCCAACAGCCGCGCGGGCCAGCCCUAUGUGGCCGAGGCAACGUGCCCUGUGCUCACCAUCCCCGCCGGCCAACGCAUCACGUGCACCUGGCGCGCGACGCCCACCUUCAACCCCAUUGGCCAGCAGGUUCGCGGCACCGCGCGUUACCUCAACACCCGCAACGGCGAGGCGCGCGGCAGCACCACGGACUUCAGCAGCGCGCCUGCAACCAUUGGUGGAGGCACAGCCUCUGGGGACGACGCCGGCCAGAGGCGCCGGCGCCUGCAGCAAACAUGGGGCGGUGUGGCCAAGCAGACAACCAUCGGGCUCAUCCCUGAGAUGCAGCCCGCCGUGGCCUCCACCAUCUACGCCAUCGACGGCCGCCCCAUCGUGGUGCCCAGCAGCGUCGCCAACGGCACUGGCGUCAUCGUCAGCGGCGGCGCCAUAGCCGGCGCCGGCAGCGUUGCGGCCGCCGAGGCGCUUGCCAUGGCGCAGGGUGUGCCCGUGAUCCUGCCAUCAACCCCGAGCAACGCCAACCACGGCAUCUUUGUCCAGGAGGCCGGCCCCGCGGGCAUCGGCGGCGCUGCGACGUCCGCCGCGGCUGACGUGCUGUCUGGCCUGCAGGACGAGUGUGUUGACGUGGCGGAUGCCUUCAUCAGCGGGGACGCCAUGGUGACAGGGCGCCUGGUCAGCGGAUCGCAGCCCAGCGGCCGUGUCUGCUCCACCACCACGUUCACCUACACGAUGCGCUACGGGCCCUACGCCGACUGCGUCCCGCGCAAGGCCAUCAACGCCGCCACGUUCCAGACCACUGACACCAAGGCGCGUGGCAGCAGCCAGUCUGACGUGGCGGUCAAGGUUGAGGGCUGUGCCAACCCCAGCGUGCUGAAGGUGCUGCCCGUCAACGUGACCACCAGCGCCAAGGGCGGCUACACCUGGAGCGUCACCAAGCGCGCAGACCGCGAGGAGCUGGCGCUGGGGCAGGACGCCACUGCCACCGUCACGUACACAGUCGAGUACAAGCGCAUCGGCGCCAAGUCAGGCUCUGGGCUGGCUGCUGAGGCAAGCGUGUCCAACCCCACGCCUUACCCUAUCCCCAUUGAGGCGGCAAGCUACACCGCCACCACGAUGUGCGAUGGGCAGGCCAAGACCACCAGCGGGCCCGUCUCAUGUGACGGUGGCGCUGUGCCGCCAAAGGGCAAGCUCUCCUGCAAGAUUGCUGCUGCUGUUCCAUGCGCCAGCUACGGCGCGUACACCAUCGUCCUGACCGCUGGCGGCGGCUACACAGUCACCUCACCGCCAACCUCAUUCACCUUCAACACCGAAAUGCUGGCCGCCGCCAACAUUCAAAGCGAAUGCGCUGAGGUGAAGGACGUUUUCACCACCGGCCCCAACCGCGUUGCUGGAGCGGUGGUCGACGGCAAGCGACCCAACGGCCGGCUCUGUGGCAGCAAGACAUUCACAUACAGCAUCAAGUUUGGGCCCUACAGCAAGUGCGGUGCCUUCAAGAAAACAAUCCACUUCAUCUCCUGA